GUUAAUCUUUCGCGAACGUUCAGUUGUAUAAUGUCAGAUACUGAUAGUUCGUCAAUUCAUUAAUGAAAUAUUACGGAUAAUAAAUAAACGUACACGUAAUGGCGUUCUUUCAACUGGUACUGAGUGCGAGAAAGCUGGCAAAGGCGCAGGAAGAUUAUCACGAUGAGAAACUCAAAUCAAUUGAAAUAUCAAAGGGUGGAAAAGUGCAUUAUACCCUGAUGCAGCGGAUACGCAUAAAAAAAAUCAUGUUGAGAAUAAAAAUUCGAGAAUUUUGGAAAAAUUGUCUUUCUGUCGAUGACGAUACGUGGCUUUACAGAAAGAUCGAACUCUUCAAAACCGACGGAACAUUUGAGAAUUUUCUAAUGACGAGUAUGAUCGGCUUCCUAGGGGGUAUAUUUUUAACCUAUAUAUUUUUCAUGUUCUUCGUAUUUCAAUUGAACUUCACUCUUUCCUCCGCUACUCUACUGUGUUCAAUAUUUGGGAUAAUACUGACGAUUGGUCUCGCUUUUUCACAUCGCGUAAGAUGUGUCGUAUUCCUUCUUCUGCCGCAAUUCUUCUCAAAGCGAGGUCGCCAAGCACUGAUGGCAUAUGCUUUCAUAUUAGCAUUGACGGGUCCAGCCAAAAAUACGUUGCACAACAUUGGAGUCUUGUCGGAAUCGCUAGCCUGUGGACAAGAACAAUUGAAGGAAGCUGUGAAAACAAUAGUAGACCUGGUGAAGCAACCGUUCUACGCCCUGCGGGACGCACUUGCCGGAGUAAUAAAGACCAUAAAAAUAGUCGCCCAGAGGAUAAAACAGGCACUCAUGGCGAUCAAACGAAUGGUUCUUAGCAUAAUUAAGGUAAUUACCGCGGUGUUCGAGUGGCUGGGUAGUGUUGUGAAUAUCUGCAAUAAAAAACUUGGUACACCGUUCGAGAGAUGUCAAAAAGUAUUCGACGGUGCUGUUGCUGAUUGUUUUGCCAAGCUUGGGCCUUUGUUCGGAGGAGUAUGCAAUCUGGCUUACGUCGUUGGUACAUUGUGUUACAUCGUCAAGCCUCUCGACUUUAUUUGCAUUCUCGUUUCAUUUGUCUCAGAUGCUAUUGUCGGGGCCAUACGAAAAAAGAUACAGAAAUUCGCAAAGCACAUGAGAGCCAUGUUCUAUGUUAAAGUCGAUUUUUCUCAUUCAUUUCACUUCGAGACAAAUAAGAGUAAAACGCUGGAGGAGGUGGCAACUGGAAUUGUCACAGAAAUUAGAUCCAGAACUGAUAAAUUUCUUACUCUCUUCGAUUGGAUGAGCUUUGCCACAAGCUUUUUCGUUCUGUUUAUGCUUCUGAGGGUGAUUCAUUACCGUCAUAAGUGGCUGACAAACGAACGCUUUGACAAUCAAUAUCUGACCCAAGACCUCCGUCACAUUGAUUUGGUUCGAGCGAAGCAAGACAAAGAGACAGUACUCCCUCUGAACCCCCGAGAAAAGAGUAAAUACAUUCCAUUGACAUCCAUCACCCUCAUCACAGCGGAGAAGAUCCACUUGACAAAAUCAGCUGUUUUUCUGAGCCUAACAACCUUCAAACUCUGUAUCCACAUGAUGGUGGACUACAGCCUCUACUGGAUCCUCAGUACGAUUCGCUACCAUGGCAGGUUUGAGACGAAGGUUCAACAAGUGAAUUCAGUGGGAAUGUAUGUCUCUGGGGAUGGAUAUCUAGCUCAGCUCUACAGAAGUAUCGUCCGAGCUUUCUCUCCCUCGGAUGCCAAUAUCGAGAUAGACACACUGCCUUGCCUGCCCGAUCCAAUUCCGCCCGAUUAUGAUAGAUAUGCGCAAAUCGGUUCGCUCAUUCUCAUCUGCUGGAUCAUGACUAUUUUUGAGCCUUACGGGCUGAGGUUGAGGCAGGUUGUAAUGGGUUAUUAUCAUCCGGAGAGGGCAAAGCAAAGAGCUGUCUGGUUGUACAAUCACAUCAUUCGUUCUCGAGGAGGUUUCAUAAAAUUCGCCAGAAGACAGCUGCGAAGAAAAUUCGGGAUGAAUGGAGACAAGAAUAUUGAGAAAAUCACCUUCAAGGAGCGGAUCAUGGCGAUGUGCCCCAUCCUACAUAAAUUUUUCCCCCAAGACCAGAAGAUAUGUCUCCUCUGUGGAGCCCCUGAGAGAGAUGAGCAAACCCCUCACAUUAAAUGCCCAACACCGGGCUGCAUGGGGAUAUUCUGCCCUCAGUGUUUCGCUGACCUUCAGAACCUUUGUACCAUCUGCAAAUCCCCCAUGGAGUACGGAGACAUGUCUGAUAUGAGUGAAGAAUGGGAUUCCUCUGAGGAUGAGCCACCUCGAACGUUCAAGAAGAUUCACAGGAUGGAGGAGACCGAAGAAGAGACUGAAGGCUUGUCAACCGAAUUUGAGACCCCGGAUGUUGAGAAGACAUCUAUGGAUGAGGAGACGGAGGAGGUGAGGGAGGACAUCUCAGAUUCAUCAGAGUACAGCCAAUCCUAUCAAGAUGAGCCUCCUGGGAGACUGAUUCCACUAGAGAAAGCAGGUUACAGAGACGUUGAGGCGCAGAGAAUCAGAGACGACGUUACGAUUCAGAUUUUUAAUGAACCAUUGAUUGGUGACUCCUGUGAUAGUAGUGCAGAACCGACGUCUUGUUUUGUCCUUAGGGCCUACCGAAAGCAAAGAUCGAGAGUGAGAGCCUCGUGCCCCUGCGACGAAGAGUCUUCAUCAUCUUCACAAGUAAAUGAAGACUCUGAUUCGUCCUGCGAGUCAACUCAAGAGAUAGAAGAAGAGGAAGUCCUACACAUUGAGGUGGAAGAUGAUGGAACUAGGGCGUUGGUGGGAGCUGGAGGGAGUGAACUACUGAGGAAGAAACGUGGACGAGUGCAGAGAAUUGUGGAUGCUCUGAACCGAGUAUCCUUCAUCAAAAACAGAGAAGGGAGAGGAGCUGAUGGUACCAUAGCUGGUAAACGUGGAUCUCUCACUCAAAGAGUCAUCAAGAUGCUGCAGUCUCGGAACUCUACUGCUUGUCUGCCCUGUCAACGAGGCAGGAGGAGGUCUUGUAGUGAUGGAGAGUAUCUGGAAGAUUCAUGUGAUCGCCCUGCGAGGAAGAAGAGAGGCAAGAGAUCGAAAAGCCAUCCGGAGGGUAAACACUGCUGUCCGGAUAUUUAUUCAUUGAACUGGGAGUCUCAUAGGGAACGAGGGGGAACAGAUGAGGCUUCGGUAUCACAUCCUUUAGCAGGAGAUACGAGGUAUUACGAAGUUGAUGAGACUUCUACUUCACCUGAUCGCAAAGAAGAUCCUGAAGUGCAGAUGGCAAGAUCUGCUAAGGCUGUAGAUGUUAAGAAGACUGGAAAUGUGAGAAGAAACGAGAGAAGACAGGUUCCUUCCAGAGAAGAAUAUGAUCCCCUCGCCGGUCUCGAAAUUUACGGGGCAGGAUCGAGAAAACCAAAGAGAAUUUUCAAAGAAUUUCCCUUGAUCAGAGAAGAGACAGAAGUCACGUCUAAAGAAAAUAUCGAUGCCGAGGCGGAAUUCCCGCUUAAUGACAAUCGAGAGCCCGAUGAAGACCUGGAACCGAGUGAAGGACUGGAAGAGCAACAAGUGGAAGAGGCCACAAGUCUUGAAAGCAUCACCCUGGAGUCUGCUCCGAAAAGACAAAGCAGGGGAAUCUUCAGCGAAUACUCGAGGAAAUUCCGAAAAAAGAAGAAGAAAUGCAAGAAAUGCAAAAAGAGCAAGGAUAAAAAUGAGCAAACAGAGCCUAAGGAAAAGACCCCGUUGGCUACUCAAACUUCCUGUGAGAGACACGUCUGUCUCUCGUGUGGUCAUCAUGUUCCAGUAUGUCCUGGUCCUAGGUACAGCGUUGAAGGCUGGCUCCAGUGCGAUGCCUUUGACGAUGGGGGUGAUUACUCAUCUUUUGAUGAUGAUGAAGGGGGAGAGUGUACUUGCAGAGAUGUCCGCUGGGAUGAUGAAGAGUUCAGGCGAGUACCUCCUCAAUGCUAUUAUCGAGAAGACACACCUCCUGUUAUGGGAAGAUUUCGACCUGAAUGCCAGUGCCAUGCCUUCGUGACAGAAUCUGAAGUGAAAGAAAUCAUACCUAGGUUUGUGGCUUGUCAGGAGAUUCAGACAGAUCCCACAUCUAUUCCAAAACUUCCAAAUCAACAACAACCUCCAAAGAUUCCAAGAGGAAUCGAUGCCCUUCCCUAUCAAAGUACUGAAGUUUUCCCUAGAUUAGUAGCUGAAUACAAAAAUAAAACACAACCUGAGAUUAAACCUCCACUAGCCGAAGCUCCAUUGCAUGAUGAAAGCGAUGAAGAAACUCCUCUAAUACUCCCCAAUAACAAAGAAUUGAUUCAACUCUACCCACCACCAACUGCAGGCCCUUCCCGUCUCGCUCAAAAGUUCAAAGAUAGGGUUAUCAGCAAACUCAAAACAACUAAUCUCAGAAAACGAAAGGAUAAUCGACAAUGGAGUGACUCAUCAUCGCCGUUGGCAUCUCAUAAGAAUACGUCUGAAGUUGACUCUGAUGACGAAAGCACACGUUGAAAUAACAAAUUAGCUCUCAUGUGACAUAAUAACAUUGAUGAAAAUAUAGUGAUAUUAA